AUGGAGAAGAAGAUGAUUAGGGCAGACAUGGUUGAUCUGAAGAAACUUGAUGAGCAACUGGAGAGGUAUGUGUAUCGUGUGCGCAACAAGCAAACGGAGACAGGUCGCGAUGAAUUUAGGGUUAGGGUUUCACCUGAGGAAGAAUGGGAAAUAGAUGUCAGUAAACUGGUUGUGAAGGACGUUAUAGGUCGAGGUACCUUCUGUGUUGUCCGUAGAGGAGUUUACGAUGGCAAAGGGGUUGCAGUUAAAAUGCUUGAAUUGGGGAUGGAGGACUCUGGAACCGAAGCUCAAGUUGCUUCAUUGAGGAAAGCUUUCAUACAUGAAGUGUCUGUUUGGAACAAGCUCGAUCAUCCUAAUGUCACCAAGUUUUUUGGAGCAACUUCACGACUGAACCUCAAGGGUGAUAGUGGAGAAAUUAGGAUGCCAAGCAAUGUUUGUUGCAUUGUGGUUGAAUAUCUUCUUGGAGGCACUCUAAAAUCUUACCUGAUAAAGAACCGAAUAAGGAAGCUCUCUUUCAAAGUAGUCAUUCAACUAGCACUAGAUUUGGCAAGAGGAUUGAGUUACCUUCAUUCCCAGAAGAUUGUUCACAGAGAUAUAAAGACAGAGAACAUUCUUCUUGACAAGAAGCUUACAGUAAAGAUAUCUGACUUUGGAGUUGCCCGAGUCGAGCCUUUGAAUCCUGAUGAGAUGACAGGCCAAACUGGGACUUUGGGUUACAUGGCUCCGGAGGUUCUUAAUGGUGAUCUAUACAACCGGAAGUGUGAUGUCUACAGUUUUGGGAUCUGUUUGUGGGAAAUAUAUUGCUGUGACAUGCCCUAUCCUGACCUCCGGUCUUUGGAAGAAUUUUCAGCAGUUAUCUCUAAGAAUCUGAGGCCGGAGAUACCCAGGUGUUGUCCAAGCUCUUUGGCUAAAGUGAUGAAGCAAUGCUGGGACGCAGACCCCAAGAAGAGACCGGAGAUGGAAGACGUAGUACACAUGCUAGAAACCAUUGAGACAUCCAAUGGUGGAGGUAUGAUCCCUAGUGAUCAGCCUCGGGGUUGUCUCUGCUUCUUCAGACAUCAAGGGUCUUAA